AGCGAAGCUCCGACCCCCUGGGCCUCCGUCCUCUCCAAAAAGCGCAGCCGGAAAAGCGCACGACGGCGACGGCCGGAGUGGAUGGGGAUUCGAGCGUGUGUGUGAGAGAGAGAUUGAGAGAAGGAUAAGGUGGCCACGGCGACGACAUGGCCGCCCACCACUGUUCAACCCGCCAAGUGGCCUCCUCCUCCUCCAACCCAUCCAAUCCCCGAGACCAACCCACACACAUGCCCGAUUCCCCCCAAAUCCACCACCCGCCGCCACCGCCGCCGCCGCCGCCCACCGAUCCCGCCGCGUCCACGACACCGAAUGCCCCACGCAACUCGCAGGUGGCGGCGCCGGUGCAGGUGAAGCCGAGGAUGAUAAUCAAGGGGAUGCUGGGGAGGUACGAGAGGUGGAACCCCGUGCACCCGACGGUGGGUACGUUCUGGGGGAUCGGGCUGGGGCUCGGGUGCGGGGUUGGGUGGGGGCCUGGGUUCGGGCCCGAGGUCAUCGGCUACGUCGGCGCCGGCUGCGGCGUCGGGUUCAGCGUCGGCGUCACGCUCGCCGGCGUCGGCGUCGGCUUGCCGCAGCACGGCCUCAUCAGGAACCAGUACCACAGCGGUUUCGCAAGCAAUAUCCCUUUCGAAUCAGCUAGGUUUUACACCUUUACCAUCAUCAGAGGCUUGGUCUGGGAUGCCAUCAGUUAUGCGAGCCAGGUAGCGGCUGUGAGGAAAGAAUCUCGACAAAGGCUCCUAAACUUUCAUGAAAACCCUCAGAUUUCAGGAGGCGUUAACCUGCCCAAGUUGGGGAAGGGCGUGUCAAGCAGCAUCCAAUCCACUAUGGAGUGUAUAAAAGCCUUCAAAGAUCAGCAUUGGCCUCCAUAAAGUAACUAAGGAUGGAUUGUGUAAGUUAGAAACCCAUGGCACGCUUACUCUAAGAUGAAGAUAUCUUCGGUAUUAGUUAGUGUUUCCAACUUAUUAUGGGGAAAUUAUUCCAAUUUCCAGCUGAGGAAAAUGGUUAGCCUGUAACCUAGCAAAUCAUAGAUGUAGUAUCUAAUUAUUUUUGUAAAUAUAACAAUGUUAUUAAUUCAAAUAUUUUGCUACAAUCUGGCAUUAUGAAAUAAAAUUGCACUAAUAUUGUACUCUA